AUGGGGCGGUUCGCCGCCAUUAUCCCGCCGGGCACGCUGAUUGGCUGCGCGGCCCGCAGGAGGCGAGCAGCUUGUUUACCGGCCUUCCCGCCUCGCCCCGGGGGGGGGGAGAGGGACCUCUCCCCGCUCCUGCCUGGGGAAGGGCUGCUGAUUCAUCCCCACCCCCCUCUUUCCAGGGGCUACGUCUGCAUCAUCACGAAUGUGGCUUCAAAAUGAGGAAAAACUGCCGUAAACUACACUCAGCUUGUUGACUUGUACGCCCGAUACGCUGAGAGGGGUUUACGCAUCCUGGCCUUUCCCUGCAACCAGUUUGGAAAACAGGAGCCCGGGGACGAGGCUCAGAUUAAAGCUUUUGCUGAAAACUACGGUGUGAAGUUCGACAUGUACAGCAAGAUCGACGUCAAUGGGGACGAUGCCCACCCCCUCUGGAAGUGGCUGAAGGACCAGCCCAAAGGGAGGGGCACCCUGGGCAAUGCAAUAAAAUGGAACUUCACUAAGUUCCUCAUUAACCGGGAGGGCCAAGUGGUGAAGAGGUACAGCCCCAUGGACGAUCCCUCCGUGAUCGAGAAGGACCUGCCUCCCUACCUGUAGAGCCGCUCCUCUGCCCCCUGCCCUGUCCCUGCCCCCCAGCACUGCCCUCCUGCUGCCGCAGAGUCUCCUCCAGCCCCAAUGACGGGCUGCCUUCAAGCCAGCUCGCUGGUGAGGCAGCCCUGAAGACUUGGCGUACACUCGCUGGAAGAGGCUUUGCGGGGCCGGCGGCCGCUGCUGGGGCAGCCCCUUUCUGUGGGAUCCCACCUCCCCCCCCAAUAAACCUGUUAGAAGUGA